GGGACCAACUCUGCGUGGUUAAAGGAAAAUUCAAGUGAGUAUCUUACUUCCAUUGCUGACAAUACCACAAAUGGUGACAUUGUAGAAAAUUCUGUACGGAAGACAUGGAGGAAGAUGGUACUUGUGAGGAGACUUCAGAACGAUUGUCUACACCAUCACCAUUAUCUUUUUGUAUGAAUCUAAGCAAAUUCCAGGAGAAGAGGACAGGUGUCCCGAGUAAACUGAUAGUAAAGGAACUUGAGGGUGGAUCCUACUCAAAUUCUUCUCUGGAAUUCAAAAAAUGCCUGAAAAGUCCUGCCACUUCUGACUUGUCAGAUUAUCGACCAGAACUGAUGAAAGUGAUUACAAUGUUAGGCAUUCCAGUGACUUAACGAAUGAAAGUGUAGACGAAGCAAUAUAUGAAAAAGAGUACAACAAAGGGUAUGUGAAAAGAACUAUUGAGAGACUUUAUGGUAAAACCGAAGCUUCCUUUAAGUCCCCUUCUAAGCUUGAUCCUCCAUAUUUGACUCAAACGCUACAAGGAAAUGCUGUAGAAGAAUCCUGUCAUGAUGUAAUGGAGGGAGCUCCUUCGUUGUGUCAAAAGAAUCAUACCUGGCUGGAUGAAUUUGCAUCACCUAAAAUCCCAGAAGAUUUAAACACAAACAAUGACAUGUGGGAAAAAGAAAAUGCUACCUUGCCAGCACCACAGUUUAGUCUUAAUGGGGAAGAAGCAUAUUAUAAUGAUGACUGUUCAGUGGAAUACACCAACCAGCACUGCCAAUCUAGGGAACACAUUGCUGAAGAUGAAGGAGUACUGAUUGAUAAAGGAAAAUGGCUUCUUAAGGAGAACCAUUUAAUAAGGAGGUCACCACCUGAAAACUCUGGAAUGUAUGGCAAUGCAGAUACAACAUCGGCCGACACAACAUUUGACAAUCAUAGUGAUGAAAUUCCAUACUCACAUUUUGGGAAUCUGAAUCUGCGGCCGCCACUCAAAGAAAUAUCAUCUUCUGAACUUGAAGACAUGGCUAAGCCAUAUGGCAAUGGAUGCAACUACUUCAACAUGCCUCAUAAUAGUGAUUCGGAUCCAUUUCCUGAUACUUUAAGUAUACAAAGCAGAAACAACCAGUGUAGUAGCUCCUUGCUUUUUGAGGCAGCAUGUAACAGUUCCACUCAAUUUUAUACAGAAGUGAAAAGUAAUUCCCCAGCUUUUACUUCUGUAGAAUUUAGAUUAGCAGACAAUAAGGUGCAUCCUGCAGAACAGCCUUCAAAUGAUGAGCCAAUUCAAACCCAACCAAUAAGCAACACUCAUUCAAGCAGGAAUAGCCGUGAAGAUCAAGACUCGCUGGAUAAACUCCAUGCUAUCUGUGGACAACAUUGUCCAAUAUUGACAGCCAUCAUAAAGCCAACUAAUGAGGAGAUCAGAGGAUGUGCUUACCAAAAAACCUCCGAUGUUGAGAACCAAGUGGGGUCACAUUUGUUAACAAAUACUCCAUAUUUUGUAUGGCAGGGCAAAAAUAUAACUGGACUUUACACAUAUCACACAGACCUGAAGAACAGCAGCAUUAAUAACAUUGCAAAUAUAUUUUUAACAGGCUCUAUGCUGACAAUACUUAGAUUUCAUGAAUGGCAGUACUUUCAGUUUACUUGCGUCAGCAGCACUGAAAGAAAAUAAAGGUUUAAA